CUAGAAUGAUAAGAACAUUGUUGAAUAAAAUUAAAAUUUGCAAUUUUUAUAGUUCUAACUUUUAUUAAAUAAAUUUCACUGCCGCCAUACUGAACCAAAGGUUUCCUAUUUCACAGCCACAACAGCGAUUCACAUGUGUUUUCAUAUUGUGUAAAUUAGAAGUUUCACUAUACUUAUAUAUUUGAAGGUUUCGCUGGAGACAGUAUUACAUAAAGUACGAGAGUGAACUGAAAACAUAUAACUAAGAUGAGUGAUGAUGACCGAGAUAUUGAAUUGGAGACGGCAGAAAAGCGAGCACACCAUAAUGCGUUAGAGCGUAAGCGGCGUGACCAUAUUAAAGACAGUUUUACAAGUUUAAGAGAUUCUGUUCCAUCAUUACAAGGUGAAAAAGUUGCUAGCCGAGCACAGAUAUUAAAAAAAGCUGCUGAUUAUAUACAGUUUAUGAGGCGUAAAAAUGUGUCUCACCAACAAGAUAUUGAUGAUCUCAAGCGACAGAAUAAUAUUUUGGAAUCUCAAAUAAGAACUUUAGAGAGAGCCAAAGCUACUGGAAACUAUGCUAUGGAGUCUAGUGAAUUAGCACUAGAUGUUUCAGGUUCAGAAAACUCUGAUAUUUCAGAUGGUGAACUACAAAAAUCCAAAAGGAGACUGAAAAAGCAAAAGUUUGGUUAUUAGGUCUUAAUUUUUAUUGAUUUUGUAUUUAACAAUAAUAUAAAAAGUAGAUUAAUGUAUAAAACAAUAUAUUAUCUGGGACAACAUUAAAAAUUAAUAAUUUAUUAGAAAUCAUUACAUUUGUUAUAUUUUUUUAUGUAACACAGCGAUUAAAAGUAUUGACAGAUAAUUAUAUAUAUAUAUAUAUAAAUAAAUGACUACUAGGAUUGACUCAAAUUGUGAAUUUUCAUACUUUAUAAUUCACUUAAAGAAAAUGUGGCA